AUGCCCAGUCAAUACGAAGAAGAGCGUACUUGGGAAGCGCCCAAUCACAACCAAUAUGAGGAAGAAGGCAAUGAAGAUGUUAUUGAAAACCCUGAGGAAGUAUUGCAUGAAUGUCUGGAAAAAUUCAAAACACCAGACUACAUUAUGGAGCCAGGAAUAUUUGGACAACUAAAACGAUACUUUCAAGCUGGUGGCAAUCCAGAGCAAGUGAUUGAGCAACUAUCCAUCAACUAUAAUGCUGUUGCACAAAUGGCAAAUUUAUUGGCAGAGUGGCUCAUAUUAGGAGGUGUGAAGGUAACAGAGGUCCAAGCAAUGGUUGAAAAUCAUUUAAAGGAUAUGAUUCUGAAAACAUUUGAUCCAAAAAAAGCAGAUACUAUUUUCACAGAGGAAGGUGAAACUCCUGCUUGGUUGACAGAGAUGAUAGAACAUCCAACAUGGAGAUCAUUGAUAUAUAGAUUAGCUGAAGAGUAUCCAGAUUGUCUUAUGUUAAACUUUACCAUAAAGUUGAUAUCAGAUGCUGGUUUCCAAGGAGAAAUUACUAGCAUAUCUACUGCAGCUCAGCAAAUUGAAGUUUUCUCAAGAGUUCUUAAAUCAGCUAUUGUUGGGUUCUUACAAAGUUCCGAUGACUGGCAAAAUAGUGUCAAUGAAUGUGCGAAAAUGGUCUGUCAUGGCGCUCAUACGUAUGUAUACAGCCAAGUUAUCGUGCAUAUUCUUUCACAAGAGCCCAGAGGAGGAGCAAUUAUGAAAAGACUUGGUCAAGAAAUAACGCGAUGUGCACAGCAAAGUGGUCAUGAUGUGACACCAAUAACCUUGGCGUUGACAGCUGGUGAAUCAUGGCGCAAUGCUCGUACAGCAUUGGCCGCUAUGUUGUCUCGUGGUGCAUUAAACCCAGCUGAUAUUUCGGUAUUAUUUCGGGCUUACACGCAAACCGAACCACCUCCAGUACAUCUUUUAAGAAUACCUCAGUUUUUAGAACUUCUUGUUGAUGCUCUCUUCAAAUUGGGAAGUAAAUUAAAUCCUGAACAUAAAUCAAAAUACAUGUAUUUGUUAGCAUAUGCUGCAAGUGUAUGUGAAGGGCUUUCACCUGGCAGACCCGUCAAAGACGAAUUAAAAGCUACAGUGCAGGCUAUUGAAAAAGUACAUGCCGUGUGUUGUAGCUCUGCCAGUUCCAGUGAACUUAUUGCUGAGCUGCCAACGUUAUAUCAUUGUAUACGGUUUCCAGUUGUGGGCAUGGGUGUUUUAGUUUGGGUAGAAUGUGUUGUAACUGAACCUUCAUACUUUAAGUUAUGCACAGAGCAUUGUCCAGUGCAUUUAGCACUUUUAGAUGAAGUUGCAUCUUGUCAUCAAUUACUACAUCAUCGCCUUCUGAGGCUGUUAGUACAACUUUUUGAAUCUCCUCAAGACGAAUUGGAAAUUUUGGUACAGUUGGAGUUAAAAAAAAUGUUGCUUGAUCGCAUGGUAAACUUAUUAAGUCGAGGCUGUGUGGUCCCAGUACUGCGCUAUAUUAAACAAUGUUGGCAGCGCGGCGACACCGACAUUUCUCUGAUACGUUAUUUUAUAACAGAGGUUUUAGAUGCAAUAGCGCCACCAUAUACUCCAGAGUUUGUUCAGUUAGUGUUACCUAUGGUCGAAAAUGAAGAAAUAACAGGUACAAUGAGAGCCGAGGGUGAAAACGAUCCUGUUUCUGAAUUUAUAGUUCACUGCAAGGCGCAUUAUGUAGUUGUUUAA